AUGGCGCUCUGGAACCCCACGGGUGGGCACAGCAGACACCCGUUAGCUGGGCAUGGAAUGUUGCCACCGGUUGCCAGGGGCACUCCUGCUCCCAAGGUUCUGUUGGCACGGAGUCUGUUGAGCCAGUUGACGGAUUCUCUGCUGCGCAGCAGACGCGGAGCAUCCGUCUUCUCCAUCCCGGGUGGGAACAGAGAGCGAUUUGCGGACAUUUGCGAGCCAGACUCUGCACUGACUGUCCAGCGUCAGCGGAAGCGGCCUGGAGGAGCACUUGGUUCCAGACCAGCUCGGAAGCGGAGCAGGCUGCUGCCCUCCAGCGCAGGUGGAACUUCGCGGACAGAGCCAAUAGACCUCGAGGAAAGUGGUGCACCUGCCUUUGAGCCUGAAAUCAUUGAUCUCACUGGUGAAGACAUCAUAGAUCUCACAGGUGACGACGUGAUAGAUCUCACUGGUGAAGACAUCAUAGAUCUCACAGGUGACGACGUGAUAGAUCUCACAGGUGAUGAAGUGAUAGAUCUCACAGAUGACGACAUCAUAGAUCUCACAGGUGAAGAUGUGAUAGAUCUCACAGAUGAAGAUACCAUAGAUCUCACUGGUGACGAAGUGAUAGAUCUCACAGGUGACGACGUGAUAGAUCUCACUGGUGACGAAGUGAUAGACCUCACAGGUGACGAUGUGAUAGAUCUCACUGGUGAAGAUGUGAUAGAUCUCACUGGUGACGACGUGAUAGAUCUCACAGGUGAUGAAGUGAUAGAUCUCACAGGUGACGACAUCAUAGAUCUCACAAGAGAAGAAGUUAUAGAUCUCACAGAUGAAGAUGUGAUAGAUCUCACAGGAGAAGAAGUUAUAGAUCUCACAGGUGAAGACGUGAUAGAUCUCACAGGUGAAUCUUCUGAGCCUGAAGUCAUUACUAUCAGUGAUGAUGAGUCUCCUGUGGACAGGGAGCAGAGCCAGCAGCAGCCACAUCUUUCCAGAGCAUCAGAGGAUUCUGUUGAGCCACUGGCAAGGAAUGAUGAAGAGGAACCAAUAGAAGAUGAUGAUGAUUGGCUGCGAUUUAAUUUUGAACGUCCAUUUUGGUCAGAUGAGGACUCAGUGGACAGGGAGCAGAACCAGCAGCACUCACGUCUUUCCAGAUCAACAGAGAAUUCCCCUGGUCCAGUGGCAACUCGUGACGAAGAGGAGCCAAGAGAUAGUGAUGGUUCUAUUAACUCUGAUGAAUGGCCAGACCGUUUUGAGAGUCCUCCGACAUGGCGGGAUGACAUUACAGAUUGAACCACUAAGAAGUUUGGUUAGUCCUCCAAAUUGGGAGGAUGACAAUGCAGAGGUGAG